AUGGCCUACCGGCCCCCGCACAUGCGCAACCGCGCACCACCUGCGAGCGCGCCCGCAACCCACCUUCCCCCACUCGGCACAGCGGACCGGCCACCGCCCGGCGCUAGAGGUAGCGGCAGCCCGGGGCGCGGACUGUCUCGAGGGGAUGUUUCGCGCGCGACAGGCCGACCGCCCCGCGGUGCUCCGCCAGGUAUGCGCGCCGACGGGCUACGGCGUGCGCGCGACACGCCGCCGCCGGACGAGAUGGAGCUGCUCGCGAGCGUGUCGCGCUCCGGUGGGAACGCGGACGGCGAUCGCCUUAAAGACCCGGAAACACAGGCGCGUUUCCGGGCCUACAUCGAGGACAAGAUUGAGCGGUACCGCGCCGCGCGCGGCGCCAAUGCCGACGCCGAUACCGAGGCCCUCAGCACCAUCGUCCGCCUGCUGCGCAAGCUGCGCGAGGGCGUCGUCGCCGCCGGCCGCUGCGAUGCCUUUGCCGUACAAGGUGCGUUUGCGGGGGUGCCAGUUGACCCAGUGUUCGAAGAUAGCGUGCGAUACGCCGUGCUCACGCGCGCCGUGCCGCAGCUCAAUGCAGUCCUUCACGGCCUCGUGCCAGACAUGUAUCGCGCUGCCGACGCCGCCGGUACAAUACUAGAGCCCGACAACCGCGCGCACUUCGCCUCCCUUCUUCUGGUGUACCACCUCGUCCACUCCCAAAGGAAAGAAUACCAGCGCAUGUUCGAGGUGCUCACACUGCCGCCGGCACCGCUGCGCGUCGCCCCAGGGCUAGAUGACAUCCCAUCGCUGGCAAAUCUCUCCUUGCGCACACCUUCCCCUCCCUCCCUCUCCCCCACCCCCACCCAUCGCACCAUACCCGCGCCCACGCCCGCAUUCAUCGCCCCCUCGUCGCUCCGCUUCGCAGAGGCCGCCGCGCGCGCCCUCGCUCACGAGACGUUCGACCCGUUGUCCUUCGCGGCGCUCACGCGCCCCGGCUCCGGCGGGGACGCUGGUGACCUCGCGCUCACGGUCCUAUCCUGGGCGGCGCCGACUGUCCGCGAGCGUGUACGUGCCCUCAUGCGCCAGAGCUACAUGAGCGUGCCCUUGCCAUGGGCCGCGCGUCUCCUCGGCCUCACCGACAGCGGUGCCGAAGCAUGGGCGAGAGAGGAGGGUCUUACGGUCGCGCACGGCAUUGUCAAGCUGCGCUGA